AUGAGUAGAAUAAGUGUAUCUCGUUAUUAUGCUACAACUUUAGGUAGCAUAUAUAAGUGGCCACCAAAAUCAUUCCCUACACCUUUUGAAAUAUUUAAGCUACCUAUAACCGCAACUGAAGAAGAAAUAAAACGUCGUUAUUACGAACUGGUUAAAAUAUAUCAUCCGGACAGGAGUGGUGAUGAUUCGCCAGAAGCUUUAGAAAAAUUUCGUAAAGUUGUAAAGGCUUAUGAAAUUCUGAGCAACAAAAAUCAGAAAGAAAUGUAUCUUCGAUAUGGAUUUGGAUGGGACACAACAAAUUCAUUCAAAUAUAAACCUCGAGCGUCAUACAAUUACACUAAUUCUAAUAAUUGGUAUGAUAAUGAGGAAUUCUAUAAGGGUCCAUUUUCAACUACCGAAAGAUAUAUGUCUAAUCCUUACUUCGCAGCUCUAGUGAUUACAUUGGCGAUCUUUGGGGCAGGAAUACAAGCACUAAGACUUGACAGCUCAAUUAAUUUAAUAAAAACAGCUGAACAAAGACAUAAUGCUUUGGCUGCACAUAAUUUGGCUAAAGCUAGGCACAACAGAAGAAUAUAUGGGAAACGACGAAAAGCAGAAUUAAAAUAA